AGGGUGAUUCAGUUUUCGAAGUUUCCUCCGGAGCAAGUACUUCCGAGAAGACUCAAUCACAGAAGAUGCCUAUUCAACCUUCCUUCCGUUCCAGGGGUAAAUCGACCAAGGCUGCCAGCUCCUCUAGAGGGAGUGACAAGAACCAGGGAGGAUCCUUCCUUGACUCUGUGAAGGAAGUUCUCGAUGAAGGAGGCUCUGCUCCUGCUAAAGGUGUUGCCUCUUCGGAGCCUAAAGUUCAGGAAGUUGGCCUUCCCUCCGAGGUCCCGAUGACUGAAGCUGAUCCUCAAAUGGUGAGGGAUCCUCCGGAGUUUGAGCCCCCGAGGAACAAGAGGUCCCGAACUGACCAGGUUGACAGACCUUCGAGGUCUUCCUCCUCCUCCUCUAGAGGAGGAACCGUUGGCUGGAACUUUACUCAUUCGAAGCCUGGAUCGGUUUUAGAUGAUUCGUGGGGUUUGGCUACUCUGAUGAGGCAUAUGAAGAGUCCCGGGUGUUCUCUCCCCUCGAUCUCCAAUCUCACGCACAAGGAUGAGUACGUCGAUAUUGCUCAUCACAUGGGUCAGCUGGCUGGUGCUAUUAACAGAGCUCAGUUCAAGUUUGAGGACGCUGUACACAAUGCCCCUAGUGCUGAGGAAUUAGCCCAGGUCACUGAGUUGGUCAAGGCCAACAAGACUGAGCUCAACCAGACUCGGGCUCUGAUCUCGGAUCUCGAUCGUCCCUUGCUGAUUUCCACAUCACAGAACAGCCAGAAGAACAAGGAGGCUGAGGUCAGGCUCGCCGUCCGAAGAGGAAAGAAAGAGGUAGCCGAAGCCUACAACAAGAUUCUGGUUAUUGUCAAGGAGAAGUUCUCCAAGAAGAAGGACGAAGUCGACCUCCUGGUUCAUGCCCAAGAUAUCCAAGCCAACACCGAGCUCCUGAAAGACAUACUGGAUGGCGAGAUUAAGAGUGCUCAAGACGAGUAUGAUCACUUGGUGGCCAUAAUGCCGGAAGCUGUUGCAGCGUACGAGAAGGCUCAGGUCUCGGACUUCUCGAUCGGCAAGCUCCCUCUUCCCCAACUCUCUGAGAGCUCAGGUACUUUUGAGGUCAAUAUGUUUAAUCUCUUCCUUUCUGGAGAGUUUGGUUCUAAUUUGGGAUUGGUGGGUUCUUACUCAGCCCCAGUCGAAACCGCCUCUGGAGGUAACGACAGGGAGAUGGAGGAGGAGGUUCCUGAGGAGGAAGAUCCAGUUGGUAAGGGAGCUGAGAAGAGCUCGGAUAACAAGGAAGUUUAAGAGUUGAGGCUCUUUCAUGUUUUCUAGGAUUUCUGCCCGAUGGGCUUUGUUUCA